CGAAUGCGCGCUUCGGAGGCAGUUCCGGAAUGUUGUUAUAAACGGUUAGAGCGCGUCCCGGUUGUCGUCUAGGCUUCGUCUGUCAGUCAGGCGGUCCGUUAGAUCCCGGAAAGAGAGAGAGAGAGAUAGAGAGAGAUAUAUAUUUAGAGAGAGAGAGAGAGAGAGAGAGAGAAAGAGAGAGAGAGAGAGAGAGAGAGAGAGCGAAAGAGAGAGAGAGAGAGAGAAAGAGAUAUAUAUAUAUAUAAAUAUAUAAAUAUAUAUAUAUAUAUAUAUAUAUAGAGAGAGAGAGAGAGAGAGAGAGAGAGAAAGAGAGAGAGGGUUUGAGUAGGGGACGAUGAUGGCAAUAGCGAAGAUACCGUGGCUACUUUUCCUUGAGAUGGGAUUGUACGCCAGUUGCUUCGUUUGUGGAAUCGUCACGGCAGCUUCUCUCACUAUCACACAGGGGAGUUUCAGGGGUCGCUGUAUGCUGUAUGGAACAGUGACCCACAACUCUUCAUCAGACUCCAUAUUGGUCCAGACCUCCAGCUCUCCUUCGCUCUGUUACUUUGUCUCUGCGAUCUCAGUGUGUGUAGCCGUGUUCUGUUUCUCUAUAUCACUAUACUGGAUAUAUACAUGCUGCCUGGAUGGAGGGGUUAACAGAGAGCGUCUAUGGCUGAACGUGACCCUGGUGAUGUGUAGUGUGUUUCUCUUCUUCCUCCUGUUGACGGGCUGUAUGUUGAAGAGAGGAAGAGACUCUCUGUGUGACUCUGUCCUACACACUGUCCCCAACAUCACCAGCUGUGAAGAGGCUCAGUCUAGGACCUGGAUCAGUCCUUACACUGGAACACAGUUCUACACUGGACUAUACAACGCUGGGACUGCGGUGUGGGUGAACUUCUUUUUCUGGAUUCUGAUUGGCGUGCUGGUGGUGAUCCAGAGAGGUCAAGGGUCCGAGUUCAGAAUGACGGUGGCCGACCCCUUAGCCACGCCCUCUGAGACAGAACCUUUCUUCCCACGCCCGGCCCGGCCCCAGUGACUCAUAACGGUCUCGCCUUACGACCUGUUGGCUAGACACAUGUGGAUGUGCGCAAACACAUGACGGAGACACGCAGACACACACACACACACACACACACACACACACACACACACACACACACACACACACACACACACACACACACACACACACACACACACACAACUGCUCCUGGGGUCAGUGUCUAUGCAGAUCUCUGGUUCUGAGUACUGCGCCCCAGUGAGCAUCCAUAGUCCUUUCUCUGUGGUCCCUCCAUCCACAGUCCUUUCUCUGUGGUCCCUCCAUCCACAGUCCUUUCUCUGUGGUCCCUCCAUCCACAGUCCUUUCUCUGUGGUCCCUCCAUCCACAGUCCUUUCUCUGUGGUCCCUCCAUCCACAGUCCUUUCUCUGUGGUCCCUCCAUCCACAGUCCUUUCUCUUCCUAUAUUCAGGGAGAGAGGUGUACAGUAGAUGCGUGACUGUGUGUGUGUGUGUGUGUGUGUGUGUGUGUGACUGACUGACAGGGACAUCAAUCUUCUCAGAUAAUAUCAGUGCCAUGCACUGUGUGUGUCUGUGUGUCCCACUACGGACCACUGCCAAACCAAGACUACUGCACCACAGUCAGCUUUCAGCAACUGUCCUACAGACAGACAGACAGACAGACAGACAGACAGACAGACCUUAUAAUGCCAUCCUGACUACUAAGACACAAAGCAACCAUUUUGUUACUGCGUUCCCUUUCUGCCUGCACUUACUUAGAUUUUUUUUUUAUUAUUAAAAAGCAAACACAUGUAUUUUGUUUGAGUGAAUGAAUUAUUGUUGCCAUUGCUGAUACUGUAUUGUUGAAUCUUUUUACAAAACUUUAUAAAAACAGGUAUCGACCAUCCAAUAAAGAUACAUUUUGUUUGUCGGA